CAUUGGUUAUAGAUUCUAGGCAAUUUUUGAACGCAUAAAGAGUCAAUAAAUACACUAAACGUUAUUAAGAUCACAACAAGCUAUAAAGAACUUUAUGAGCUAAACAAAUCAUUUUUUAAUUCCCACUAAAAGAGAAUUACGUAGGGUUUAGAGUUCACAUUAUCUUCUUUGAGUGCAAUUUAUUUUAUUCCCAGUAGGUGACGCUGUCUGCUCACAUGCAGCAAAUCCCUGCAAUGGGAGGAACACGUUGACUUUAGUCUAACGACUCCUCGUCUCGUCAUCAUUUGUAACCAUAGAGCAUGAAUUACCUCUUGAAGUCAUCAGUGAGAAUUUACGACUGGUCAACAAAAGCACGUGAUUCUCAAACGCACCCCCACCCCCAUAUUUGGCCGCAUACAUAGCAAAAACGAAGUACAGUGCAUUGCUAUAAUUCAUUAAUACAUCAUAAAUCGUGAAGCACAGCGUUAUAACGACCAAGAUCUACAAAUCAAGCCCUCUAAAACAACCUAAAUGAGCUCUUACUUUGUAAACUCGUUCUCAGGGCGCUACCCAAAUGGCCCUGACUAUCAGUUACUAAAUUAUGGAACUAGCAGCAGCGCUAUGAACGCCUCGUACAGGGACUCCGGCACCAUGCAUUCAGGCUCUUACGGCUACAACUACAAUGGGAUGGACCUAAGCGUCAGUCGUUCAACCAACACUGGCCACUUUGGGGCGGUUGGGGACAACUCCCGGGGCUUCCAGUCUCCAGUCCCGGAGACGCGAUUCCGGCAGCCGUCAAGCUGCUCGCUCGCGUCUCAGGAGCCGCUGCCUUGUUCCAACAACGAAACACUUGGACCCAAAGGCUCUUCGCCCCCUUCCGACCAAAGCAACACCACCGCGGGUAGUAAUCUCACCAACAACACACAUUUCACAGAAAUCGACGAGGCCAGCGUUUCUUCGGAGACCGAGGAAGCCUCUCACAGAGCGAACAACUCAGCACCCCGGACACAGCAGAAGCAAGAGACCACGGCAACAUCCACUAGCUUGGCGACGUCCGAUGGCCAAGCUCCCCAAAUAUUCCCAUGGAUGAGGAAACUACAUAUUAGCCAUGAUAUGACUGGACCAGACGGCAAAAGGGCCCGAACUGCAUAUACCCGCUAUCAGACGCUAGAGCUGGAAAAAGAGUUUCAUUUCAAUAGGUACCUCACCCGGAGGAGGAGGAUAGAGAUAGCCCACGCACUAUGCCUCUCAGAACGCCAAAUUAAGAUUUGGUUCCAAAACCGGCGGAUGAAAUGGAAAAAGGACAAUAAACUGAAGAGCAUGAGCCUGGCUACCGCAGGUAGCGCUUUCCAGCCAUAGCUGUGUGUAUCCCAUGCACGUGUGCUAAAGAAAAUCACGAGGAAAACCAGAUGAAAAUAGGUUUCAAAACAUUACUUACAGAGUACUGUACAUCGCGGCACCUUUCGGCAUGUUAUGGAUGUUCAAGGCAUUUUAAAAUUCUACUGUGGUACUGCUAUAAUGAAAACAAAGCUAGUGUUCAUAUGUUGUUCUUUUAAAACUAUAGUGACUUUCAUUUUUGGCAAGUAAGUAAAACUGAAGGGGAAAGAAGCUAUCAAUAUACCGCCUGUUGUUCUUGUUAUGAAUAUUGUUUGUGUCAAGUGCUAUGUUAAAUGCUUUCUUGAGAGUUAGCAUGUGAGCUCUUAAAUUUUAUAACUUAUUUACUACUUAUACACGUGUAUACUUUUUGAGUUUACAGCUUAGAAACGCAUCUGUCCUAGUAUGAAGUUAUGCUGUAGUUCAGUGGUGACUGCAGUAAAUUUAGCAGAAGCCUCUGUAUGUUUCAUGGUCCUCUGUUUUAUCAUUGUCUAAAUAAUCACAUUCGAUUUUUCAUGUGUUCAAUCUCUCCUGUUAUUUUUGAGAAAAAAGGGAAAAGUGUAAAUAGUCCUCACUAGAUUAUUGUACCCGUUCAUUCGUGUGUAUAGUUGUAUUCCAAAUAUGUAAUUGUAUAUUGCUGGAUCAUGUUUAUGUUCCAAAAGGAUGUACAUAUUGGACAUUUUUAUUGUGACCAGUUGGCUAUCUGUAGUAGGCAGAAUGAACGGCAAACGUGUGGAAAACAUUAAAAAAGCAAUGUCAUGUCGAACUGCCUUGUUAGCAUUUUGCCAAACAGCUUUUUGUAUUUGUUUGUAGUUUAACUUGGAGUAAAAAAUAAAGUUCCUCAUAUUCAAA